UUUAAUCACAGAGGGAAUGCAUUCAGUCCCAUUAUGUUCGAAAGAAUCCCAGCUGACAUUUAUACUGCGGCGUUUCUCCAAGAGUAGACUAACUCCCAGCAGAACGACCUAGGUGGAUAUAUGCCAUUAAAGUCCGUCUAAAACUUUUUUUUUCAGUUUAGUAGUGAACUCCAACUUCAAAUACCAGUUUCCUUCUCAAUAUUUAUUUUGGGCAUUAAAGUGAUGUGAUUUGUGUGUCAUUGGGUUGGGACAUUUCCCCGAAUGCCGAAUACAUAUGGCUUUUGGAUGAGUCUGCCGCAGCUGCGGACACCUUCCAGUUAGCGCGAUAAUUCAACAAGUACAUAACGGACCUUAUUCAAACUUUGCAGAGACAUUGUAUGGGUGACGAACUGGAAAUCGUCAAAGUAUGAGAACGAUCGUCGCAGAAGUGAAGCAGCCGUAUAUAGUCAUAUCAUAGAAAAUGGAUUUUUUUAAACGUGAUAUGUUACAGAUUUUUUUUCUUCAAAAUUGGAAUAUGUACAUUGUCAUUCCGACGGCAUGUAGUUGCUUUAUUUUAGUGAACACCGUGAGCGGAUGAUAUGUACGUUACGUAUGAACCAGUAGGUGUCACUAGUGUAAAAGUUUUGAAUAGCUUUGAUUAAUCAACCUUUUGGCGAUUCAGUGAGCUGGAAAAACUCUGCUUUACCAACCAAUACUAAUUUUUGAUUUUUAAAAAACAGAUUUUGGUGAAAAUAUGUUGCAUAAGUGUAGUCCAGUUAUUGAGGUCAUACCAGUACAAUACCAGAAGCAAGUAGGCAAUUUCAAGCGCAGCCAAUCCCGGGACAGUAGUCGCGUAAUAAUGACGCACAUUGUUGUGGUUUGUGAGUCACGCGGUGGUGCCAGUAUCCCAGUAUCGGCAGUGUCCCAGUAUCGGCGCUGCGCGCUUUUAGUCUCUGUGCUUAGAAAUAUGCAGCGUCGCCGCCUGAAAAGAAGAAAAUAACACUUUGAUGGUUAGAGGAACCUUGUUCAGAGGGACCUCCUGCCUAGGACCGAAAUGCUGAGGAUUCUUGUUCUAGCAUUAGGCUGUGUUCUUGCUUUUGUGGAAUUUGUUGAUGUUUCCGACCAUGCGCACAUCAGAGUGGUGGGAGGAAACAGCGCCUGUUCUGGCAAGGUGGAGAUUUAUCUUGGACUCCAAUGGGGCACUGUAUGUGACCAAAGUUGGGGCCUGAAUGAUGCCCAUGUGGUGUGCAGAGAGUUGGGCUGCGGGCCAGCCUUCAACUCUCCUUCUGGCAGCAUGUAUGGGUCGACCUACGGAGCAAUCUGGCUGAAAGGUGAGCCGUGUUCAGGUCAGGAACACAACCUGGCUCAGUGCUCCAAAUUUCGGAUGUGGAACUCAGCCAGCGAUGGGGUCUGCAUUGAGCACAACAUUGCAGGGGUGCAGUGCUCAGGAACAUUAAAGAGACCUACACUUUCCCUACUUUCUGCAUAUACUGCCUACUCUACUGGAGAAGCAGUACGUUUCAGCUGCACGGCUCCACCCAGCCACUACACUGUUUUUGACUUCCAUUUGUUUAAGAGUGGGGCUGGGACACCACUAGUAACCCAGGGGAGUGGAACUCCACGAACUCGGGCAGAGCUGACACUUUUUGACGUGGAUGCAUCGUACCAGGGCAGGUACACCUGCCUGUACACUGUGCAAUCUAGAGUGGCCUUUAAUUCGCCUGAAAGCAACUCCAUUGACAUCAUUGUGUUGGACCUACACACGCCACAGAUCUGGUACAACACUUCGGUGGGGGCCCCGCCUGGAGGGGUGACGCGGGGAUGCACGUUGAACAUCACCUGCUCUACCUCAUCAUGGUAUCCAGGGGGCUUCUUCCAGCUCCGGCUGAUCCGGUCGAAUGGCACAGUGCGCCACUCUGUAUCUGCCCCCAGCUCGUCCCGUACCUUUUUCUUCCCAAAUGCACAGGCUGCCCUUGAGGGCUACUACCGAUGCGCAUAUCAUAUUCAGAUGGGGGGCCGCAUGUUCAUUUCGCGGGAGAGUCAGCCCUUGCCAAUCUCAGUCAGAGACCCAGAGCCACUGUUAAGCCCAAUGGCAGUGAGCUGGUUAGUGUCAGGUGUGACAUUAAUUGUGGCCAUAUUGAUGAUUCUCGUCACUGCAUGGCUACGGUAUAAGAAGAAGAAGAAAAAACCAGUUGAGCUGGAAAGAGACAGUCGGACAUGUAUAGACAACACCUAUGUAUCAUUGCCAGUUAAGUAAAGGCAGGAUCAAAGCCCAAAAAGCAUGAAAGGUACUGUGGAUGAAAUGCAUACACAAGAAGCGUGUGGUAUUCUCAAAGUUGGUAGUGGCCAGCUGUCUUCUUUGUGACUAGAAAUUGGGUCAGUUGGGAGAGACACUCCACACGUUGAUCUUGCAUAAUCUUUUAUGAAUAAAUGAUAGAGGGUUCCAUCCUGUUGUAAAAUAACACUGAAUGGAUCAUCCAUAUCAUUGACUGCAAAAUGCUGCCAACUCCAGCACAAGUGAUGUCAGAACUUAAGAUGUUCAUUUCAUGGCCACCAGUUUCUGAUGAAAAUCUCCCUUUUUGCGGGUCCUUGGCAUAUUCUUCGUCAAUAUUUGUCUGUCUAAUUAAGAGAAAAUUUCCAGGUUUUAAAUAUUUUGGUUAAGCUUUACAUUAACUGCACCUUGAUAAUGUCUCUGAUGCAUCUGUAGAACAUUCAGUGCACCUUCAUAAUGCAUUCAUAGAACAUUAUAAAAACCUGCAUAUACACUGGCCCUUUACAGGUAAUAUUGAUCACCCCUAGGGUAGACAAAUGCUGAAUAUUUUUGUUUACAUCAGUUAAGUACAAUGUCAGCAGUAGCAUUCAUUGCUGUUAAUAGGAAUCUAUAACAUAUGUACCCAAACACGUUGUUUCAUUGUAGUUAUCCUGUUUAAUUAUAAAUAAAUGUAUUGCUCAGUGUU